AUGAUGACCCGGUACCACGAGCCGGCACUGGCGCCGAACCAGUGCGGCUCGAGCAUCGUCCAGGUCAUCGACGCGCCCCUGCCGCGCGUCUGGUCCGUGAUCCGGCGCUUCGACGCCCCGCAGGCCUACAAGGGCUUCAUCAAGAGCUGCAGCCUGGUCGCCGGCGACGGAGGGGUCGGCAGCGUGAGGGAGGUCCGGCUCAUCUCCGGCCUGCCGGCCAACACCAGCCUGGAGCGGCUGGAGCGGCUGGACGACGAGCUGAAGGUGAUGGUGGUGAGCAACAUUGGCGGGGAUCACAAGCUCGUCAACUACCGCUCCACCACCACCUUGCAUGACGAGGAGGGGGCGACGGUGGUGAUCGAGUCGUACGUUGUGGAUGUGCCUGAGGAUAGCUGUGAGGCGGACACGUGUUCGUUUGCCGAUACCAUCAUCGGCUGCAACCUCAAGUCUCUCGCCAGGAUUACUGAGAAGAAGAAGAAGAAGGCGGUCGAUUAA